AGAUCUGCUUGAAUGGUACAACAAGACUGUGAUCGAUACGACUUUGGCUGCAUUGGAGGAGUUUCAGGAGCGUGACAGUGGGUGGGCGUCACGCAUAAUGAAUUUAAUGAUUAAUGUUAACAGAUGUAAUCCUAUGCGUGUUGGAUGUUGGAUUGAUAUGCCGCCAGUGAUAAAGUUGAAGAGAGCGGUCGUGAACGUGAAAUUACUGGAUAACGCAUGUUUCGCGUGGGCUGUGGUUGCGGCUUUGUAUCCCGCUGAGAAGCAUACCUCGAGAUGCAGUCAGUAUCCCGAUUAUCAAACGGUGUUAAAGCUCGAUGGAAUAGACUUUCCUAUGACCCUGAAACGAAUUUCAAGAUUCGAACGUUUAAACGAUAUGUCCAUCAAUGUGUUUACCAUGAAGGAUGAAAAAAAGGAUGGAACGAUCGUUCCUCUGCGUCUCACUGAUCAUAAAAGAGAUAUUCAUAUAAAUUUGCUGUAUCUGUCGGAUACGCGAAACUACGUUCACGAGGGUCAUUUCGCGUGGAUAAAGAAUUUAUCGCGAUUGGUUGGAAGUCAGUUAUCCGGAGGAAACCACAAGAAGUAUAUUUGCGAUCGAUGUCUGCAUUACUUCCACUCGAGGGAACGAUUGUCCAUUCACAUCGUGGAUUGCGAAAGGAUGAACGAAUGCGCGAUCGUUCUUCCGAACGAGGAUGACAAAUGGCUCGACUUUCGCAACUACGAACGAAAAGAGAGACUUCCCUACGUGAUAUACGCCGAUUUGGAGUGCGCGUUAGAGAAGGAGGAGGAGGAGGAGAGCGAAUUAAUACCACGAAACGGAUUUACUUAUCAACAUCAUACAGCAUUCAGCGUUGGCUACUACUUGCGAUGUGUACUAGACGAGAAUGCGUCGACGUACAAAUUUUAUCGUGGUGAAGACUGCAUAUCAUGGUUCGCGCGAGAAUUGAACGCUCUCGCGCAUCGCGCGAAGGAGACUCUCGACGCGAUCGUGUCUAUGACGCAGCUCACGUCAGACGAGGAGCGUAGCUUUUGGAACGCGACUCUUUGUCAUAUAUGUGGAAAACCGUUUGACAUGGGGGAUCAACGCGUGCGUGAUCAUUGUCACAUAACCGGGCGUUACAGGGGUCCGGCUCAUUCGCGUUGUAAUCUAAAUUUCAAAACGUCUUUCGUAAUUCCUGUGUUUUUUCACAACCUCUCAGGUUACGAUGCGCACUUUAUCAUCAAAGAGAUCGCUAACAGUUUCGAGGGUAGAGUAGAAUUGUUACCGUUGACCAAAGAAACGUACAUCUCGUUCACGAAAGUUGUUCAGAAUACGUCGCUGAGGAAGGGAGACACUUGUGUGAAACUGCGAUUUGUAGAUUCGUUUAAAUUCUUAGGGGCCAGUCUCGCGAAAUUGGUGUCGUACCUAGACAAGAACGAACUGCUAAUAACACGGUCAGCGUUCUCGAAUCUCGAUGACAAUGAUUUCGAAUUGCUCACGCACAAGGGUACGUUCCCGUACGAGUAUGUUGAUAGCAUCGAUCGGUUGCUCGAAACCGAGUUACCAUCCCGUGAGGCUUUCUACAGUUCGCUGACCGGUGAGAGCGUCAGCGAUAACGAUUACGAGCACGCAGUCAAUGUGUGGCAACGUUUCCGCAUUAGUAAUCUUGACGAGUACAGCGAUUUAUAUUUGAAAACAGACGUUCUGUUGUUGGCAGACGUUUUUGAGAAUUUUCGCGACAAAUGCAUACGGAGUUACGAUUUGGAUCCAGCUCAUUAUUACACGUUACCGGGGUACACGUGGGAUGCUAUGUUGAAAUAUACGGGUGUUCAAUUCGAAUUGUUGACCGAUAUCGAUAUGCUUCUCUUUGUUGAACGUGGUGUACGCGGUGGUCUGAGUCAGUGUUCCAACAGAUACGCGCGAGCUAAUAAUAAGUAUCUUUCGCCACACGAUCCGUUGAAACCGUCGACAUAUCUCAUGUACUAUGACGUGAAUAAUCUCUACGGAUGGGCUAUGUGUGAAUCAUUGCCGUACGCGCAAUUUCAAUGGGUCAGCGACGUGGAGAGUCUAGACGUAAUGUCGGUGACCGCGGAUUCCGAUAUCAGCUACAUUAUGGAGGUGGAUCUUGCGUAUCCGCGCGAGCUCCACGACGCUCACGCGGACCUUCCGUUCUGCCCAACGCGCGCCUCACCCCCCGGUAAGGUUACCGAUAAGCUUCUAGCGACGCUUCACGAUAAGUCGCGCUAUGUCAUACAUUAUCGCAAUUUGCAACAAUGUGUGCGUUAUAGGAUGCGUAUACUUAAAAUUCAUCGCGUUUUACAAUUUGUACAAUCACCAUGGCUGCGUGGAUACAUCGAACUGAAUACAAUGUUUAGAACUCGUGCGAAUAACGAAUUCGAGAGCAAUAUGUAUAAGCUUAUGAACAACGCGGUUUACGGGAAGACAAUGGAAAACGUGCGCGAGCACGUUGACGUGCGUCUUGUGACGCGUUGGGAGGGAAGGUACGGAGCGGAAGCGCUAAUUUCAAGACCGAAUUUCCACAGUAGAAGCAUUUUCUCCGAGGAUCUGAUGGCCGUUGAGUUACGGAAACUGGAGGUAAAGCUCAUGAAACCAAUUUAGGUUGGCAUGGCCAUU